AUGCGGAGACGCAGGCCGCAGCUGCUGCUGGCGGCGCUGGCGGCGCUGCUGGCGGACAGGAUACAGGCCCAGAGCGCGUCCGCGUCCUCCACAGGCUCCGUGACGGCGUCAGACACCACCGAGGCCGACGACUGCUCGGCCUGCUGCGUGUCGGCCACGUCGUCGGCGUCGCUUCUGGCCAGCGGAGACCCGGACCUCUCGCUGCUUUGCUGCCAGGAGCAGCAGCCCAGGAACCUCUUCGGGACGGCGCACGGCGAGUGCAGCGGCCUGCCGUGCUGCGAGUACAGCGGCCGCAAGGCGCAGAACCACCAGGCCUGGUACCCGUGCGUAGCCUUCCCCACGUGCCAGAACGACUCGAACAAGCAGGCCUUCUGCAACGGACAGGACCUGUGGUACUACACGGAGGGCUACGACUGGUCGUGCACGGACGAAUGCUGCUACGGACUCGUGCUGGACUCGAACGUGUGGAGAGGAUACGAGAACAACUACCCGGGACAGACCAACGGCACGUUCGGAGUCACCAUCACGCCAACGGACUUCAUCGACGUCUUCUACCCGGACGGCAUGGACGGAGAGACGUACACGGUACACCAGAUCAUGCUGACCAACCCGCCAGGAUACAACUUUACGGAGAACUGCUCGUGCUACUUGGAGCGCGUGGCCAACUCGACGGCCAACGCGCAGCGCGAGAGCACGACGUGCGAGGUGUCGACUUUCCUCGGAGGCAACAGGACCUACUUGACGGUGGACAUCACGGAGAACUACCAGUCGAACGAGACGUUCGUGUUUCUUUUCGAUGGCGUCGUGACGCCGUCCGGUAUGAACGACAGUGCCAGUAUCACGUCCAACGUGACGUACACGACCACUUCCAACCUCUCGCCCGUGUAUUUCAUCUUCAACGACUCGGAAAACACGGCCUUUGACACGUACGUGCGCAUCACGGACCUGACCAGCGCGACACUGUCCAGCGGAUCGUUCCUGCCGGAGAACAUUUACCCGGGUAACUCGGGCAACGCCAGCCUCACGUUCUACACGGACGCCAACAUCCCCAAGGGGAGCUCCAUCAAGAUGACGUUCGGCUCCAAGUGGGGGUUCUCUGCUGACGCAGUGUGGUCGUGGGAGGUCUACCCGCUCGUGACCUCGAGUGAGGACGAUUUUUACGGCUUUGCGUUAGCCACUACUACUGAGACAGAAGGCGACGGCGCGAACAACUUUACGUCGGCGACCUUCUCGUCUUCGGAUAACUCGUGGACGCUCGUUGUGGAAGAACCGAUCUCGAUUGGCUGGGUCAGCCUUGGUGUCGACACUGUGAAGAACCCGUCGGUGGCGUACUCUGGACUGGACGCCACUUCGAUCAAGAUCCGCGACCCGGACGAUCUACUGAUCAUUGAGGGCUCGUUUUCGGCCAUUUCCGUGUAUUUGACGUCUGGUGCAACAGCGAGUCCGUACAACUACGUGACUAUGGUCGUGCUUGUAGGAUCGCUGGCGUUCUGUAGUGUGGCAAUCCGGAAGAACGGUCUGUCGUUCUCGCUGGGCUCCAUUUGGACGGAUAUCACCGCUAUUUGCACCGUGUUGGCGCUGUGCACGGCCAUCGUGAACAACUUCAUCUGGUUCUUCACGCGUGGCAGCACCUACUUCUACAUCAUGCACGCGUAUCUGUGCUUCACAUUCACGAUGCUCACAGCUGUGUGUUUCCACUGGGGAACAGUGCUGAGUUUGCGCCUCCGAAAGCUUCCCAAGCGCACCGCUGUCGUCGCAUUCGUCGUGCUGAACAUGUUCUUCUACGCGUUCCAGAUCGGCUACCUGCUCAACUACCAGACCCUGAUCGCACGUGUGUAUGACUCCGAGAACGAUGUCACGACUCUGGCGUAUCAGCAGUGCAAUGAGGACGCCGAUACGUCCGCUACCGUCUUCUCGGAGAUCCAGGGCUACCUGUGGGCGUGCUACGCUCAAGACGACGACAACUUCUUCCUCGUGUCGACGUCCGUCACGUACGGUAUCUUCUUGGUGCUCACGUUCGUUGUCAUGGCUUUGGGCGUGAUGGUUAUGCGACGUGGUAAACUGCUGCUCGGCAACGCCUCGGGCCCCCAUCAGGUUGUCUUGGUGAAGGCUUUGCGGCUCUACUACGCGCUCAUCGGUAUCGUCACGCUGGUCUACCUCCUCUCUUGGGUCGUGCAGAUCAUUUCGCGCACCACUCGAGGCAUCGCGUACCCGUGGUUCUACAUCUUCACCGUGUGGCUUCCGUGCUCCAUUCCCCCGUGUUGUUUGAUCUUCUUGCAGUGGAAUGCCACGGCCCAGUCGCUGCGUGACGCCAAUCGCGAGAUGUCGAGCGACUGCAGUCCUCUAUCAGAGUCGGGCUAUGGCGAGAUCCGCACGCCCAGCUUCACGUUCAGUACGUCGGACCGCUGGACUGAGGGUUCUUUGGAGAAGAUUGAGGAGAUCAUGGCCGAAGGCGCAGCUACCGCGGACGCUGUGUCCAGUAGACGCUCGCUGAUGAACUCAACGAUUUCGCCGACAGACGAUUACGUCGGCCUCUCCAUGGCUCUCGAGAUGAACGAGGACUUUGCUCACGGCUGCUUUAUCGUGAUUCAGCGACUGGAAGUGCAGGAGGGGCGAGACAGCACGUCGUCAUCGUGGCGGCAGAUUAGCAACACGGAUACAGUGAUGGCUGGCGUGAAGGACCUAGCGCCGGUUGCCUUGCCUCACCAGCAGCGUUAUCUGUACACGUUCCUGUCAGUGCCUCGGAUCCCCGUCAGCACUUCAGCCGAGAAGAUUCGUAUGGUGGUGUAUGCGCUGAACUCGGCGCCUGCAUCGGUAAACCAUGAGGACCACUCGGAGAUGACUGCAGCGGAGGUAUUGGCAGCGAUGGAACGCACGCAAAGCAGUCGCGAUUUCGAAGACGACGACGGUGAUUACAGUCAGCACACCUUGGACUCGUCACUGGUGGAGAUGGAGGCGUUCGGCGGAUACCAAAGCUCACGGGUUAUUGACGAGCUCUUCGAGAUGGAAUCCCCAGGGUCCACUGAGGACUUCACAGCUACAGGAGAGAGCCGAUCCGAGUCCAACUCUGGAUCAUCCAUCGUGCCUCACACAUUCAGAGUGGUUGCCGAGUUCACUGUGUCGACGGGCACUCUCGUGGCCGCAGGCGCGCGCACGGAACAAACGGUGCUCACUGCCACGGAGGACUCGUUCAAGCACUUUGGCCCCAACGCGGCCCCGCCAAAGUUGCUGGUGAACACGGUUAUCCCCAAGGCAGCAGGUGCCAAGUACGGCUUCAACGGUGUGGAGGGUGGCCUCCACGCAGCCACCCCGGCAAUCAGCAAGCAGUAUCACAUCCGUGAGCAGGGUUUGCUGGUGGUUGAAGACCUUACCGAAAGCCGCUUCAGCAACUGGAUCCCGCGACAGAUUCUGGAGGUUAUCAUCCGGCAUCGCACGAAGGAGCUCCUGAUUGCCGAGAACGACCUUGCUCGCUUGGAAGCGUACGACCGCCAGCGGCAAAAGGGAUCGGACCGAGGCAUCUACGAGAACUUGAUCCAGCAGAUCCAGGACGACGGCGACCUGAACCGGUGUCGCGAGUGGAUGCUUCAACGCUGCAACGAGCGCAAGGAGUACGUAGAGCUGCUGCGCCAACUGCGACGCGUGUAUGUGCUUCGAGACAAGCGCAAAAUGUUCUUCAAGGCCAGUACGGAGAAGAAGAACUCGCAGCUACGAUUCCUCCCGAUCAACCUGCACUUGCAAGAGAUGUGGGUGGGCAACGCGGACGCCGUGGCCCAGACGAGUGUCGGAAGCAGUGGCACCACGGAUAUCAACGCUAGUGCUGCGGUGUACGACAUCGUGACCGUGGGCGCCAUGGCAGCUCACAUCUACAAGUUCAAGAACGGCGGCAUCUUCGGACUGGAGGAGCAGCACGCCAAGCUCAAGCCGCGUGUGCGUGAGCCGCAGGGUUCGGCUGCCGCCCACCACCAAGUGCCGCUCUGGACAGAGGACGAGCAGAAGGCCGAUGAUGUCGAGUGGGUUCUGGGCAAGCGUAUGGACGUGUGCUUCCCUCAAGCUGUGGCUGCGCUGGUGACGGCCUUCACGCGCAAGGUGGACUUGGCGUUGCAGCACGCGCGCCCGGAGCAGGGCAAGGCGAUGCUGGAGCAGCUUAGCAAGUUGGGCUUCCUGUUCGACGUGGAGAGCUUAGUGUCUACACACGGUAACGAGGCUGGUAUGCUGGAGGAUAUGGCUGGUGCUGUGAAUGAGCUCCGCAAUGUUCGCUUCGUGCUGGUGGACGAGCAGGAGGAGAUUGGCGAGACGGACGAAGAAGGUUGCGGCAGUAAGUCGCCCCGUUCGGUGUCCUACCGCGUAGAGGAAGAGACCAAGCUCAUCCCGUCGUCGUCGGACCGCUCGGACGCUAGUGUUAGCAGUCGCGGUGCUGCGAGCAGUGAUGGAGACGAGAGGGGCAUGGAGCUGAAGGUGAAGCAGCGGCAGUCCAUGCACUUGGAGUCGCUGGAGUCUGCGGCGUCGUCCAACUCGACAAACUCCACCAACUCGACCAACUCGACAGGUAUCGGCGGUGUGAUCGACGUGGACGUGUUCACGAGCAUUGACGAUGCGCUCUCGGAAACGAGCUCCGCCAACGCGGGCGAUUCCGAGAGCUCCGAUGGCCUCUCCGGUGUCGGCCAGCGGUUGCUGAGUACGUUCAUCAAAGCGCGUAACCAUCGACUGCUGGGCGGACCGGGCGGCAACUGGGACAACGUGCAGUCGCUGGCUCCUGCGUCUGUGGACAAGCUGUUCUCGUACACGAACCUGGUGAUCCGCGUGAAGCUGCGUUCCGGCAAGGUGAAGCUGACACGAGCUCUUCGUCACGGUGGACCCAUCAAGGUAUGUCCGGUGCUCUUUACGCAAGGUAUCAACGAGAAGCAGACGCUGGCCAACAACACCGGUUCGUCCGUGACGCGACUGCAGGACGUGAUCAACGCCAACAGCCUCAAGACGCUGCGCAGCUACUGCGACCGGUACUGCAACUACACGUCCAUGCGGCAGAUGCAGGCGCUGCAGAAGCAGGAGCGACGGCGGGACAACUCGACGGAUUCCGAGUCGAGUGCGCCUCGACCGAGCGCGGUCCUUCCUCCGACAGGUCCGUCGCGCGACGAAGUGUAUCGCAUCUUGGGCGAGCUGGACAAGCUCAUCGGCACGGCAGGACGACAGGCUCGAAAGAAGCGCCCGGAGAUCCUGCAACUGAGCUCCGACCUGUGCCGCAGCAUCUCCGGCGGACGUGUGACGGUGUGCAAGUCCGCCAAGGAUCGCACGGGCAUGUCCGUCACGCUGGAGCAGGGCCGUAUUCUGGUGCAGCACCACGGUCUCCGCGAGCAGAAGAAGGCGGGGAUCGUGUCCGUCAUGCGCUCCGAGGGUGUGCGUAUCGAGAACGCGCUCAAGAACACGGGACGGAGAGUGUUCGCGUUCAACGCGCUGCAGCGGUCGCUGCUGCCCGAGGAGUACCGGUGUCCGCCGCAGACAAGUGGCCGCAACGUGUCGUAG